AUGUUCAUCUACCAAGGAAAGUUCAACUGGCCUGAGUAUGCCGACAACGAGACCUUCACAAUCAUCUUCCCCAACGGUGUCGUUCGUGCCAAUGACCCCGUCUACCUCUUCACCCAGUGGACAAAGGACUACAACCGAGUCCGAAAGUCCAAGUUCUUCCAGACCAUCGUCGUCUCAGACGUGAAGCAGCUUUCCAAAACCACUGACAUCUCCUUCAACCUCUCUGGUGCUCAGUACAACUAUGCCAUCACCACUGAGCAAAACUAUGCCAAGAUCAAGGUUGACAUGUCAGGCCGUGGUACCCAGAAGACUUUCACUCUGGACCGCGCGUGGAAGCCUGAGGGUAAGGUUGACCACGAUGCCGCUCUCCGAAUCUGGGCUGGAAGCAUUGUCAUCGAGGACAGUGCUGCUGUCCACGGCAGUGCCAUCGAUGAGCAAGCUAUCUUUAUCCUCCCCGAGGACUACAAAGAUGGCAAGCCUGUCAUCUCCUCGUGGCAGUGGACUAAGGACGCUGCGGGCAAGGAGAAGACCACUGCCUUCAAGGGAACUCCGUUGAAGUUCAUCAGUUCAGAUGACAAGUUCUCCAAAUUCGCCUUCAACAAUGUCCAUGACUUCACCUGCAAUUGGAACCGCAAGACCGAGAAGCUUGACCUUGAGAUCAAGAAAGGCGGAAAGCAAGUCAGAGCCGGCGAACUGACCCUCAGGGCUAAGGUCGAACCUAAGGCCCACUCAUUCGACUCUGACGACUUGGUUCCCCCAACCAAGAAGGAGGUCGAGUUCCGCCUCCCUCAGCCUCAGGCUACCCUCCCCCGCGUGCUCGACCCUAUGCCGUUCCCCAAGACUCUCCUCGAGACACUCAAGCACGGAGCUGCCUUCAUUGAGCAAGCCGGAUACCUCACUGUCCAGGCCCAGAAUAAAUUCACUGCCUUAGAUGCCGAUUUCCAUAAGCAGACUGUCCUCGUCGAAACCCUCAAGAAGGACAAGAAGAACCUUGAGACUGAGAUUACGUCCCUCACAGGUCAGCGCAAUCAGGCCAACGCAACCAUCAAGCAGCUCAACGAUAGGCUCGCCAAGGCUGGCGAUGAGUACCAAAAGAAGGUUAAUGAACUCAACGACCGCAUCGAGCAUAUCAAGAAAGACGAGAAGUUCGAUCACGAGGUCAUCAACAAGCUGCAGGAAGACCUCAAGAAGCUUUACUCUGAGAUCAAAUGUCUUAAGAAUGAUUUGCACCAGGCUCAGCAUGACAAAGAUAAGCUCGAUCACAAGAUAAUUUCUCUCCAGGAAGAGAUCGUUAUUCUUGUUGGUAAGGUCAUUGAACUCGAGAUUGAGCUCAAGGUCCAGAAGGAUGCCAACAGUGAUCUUAUCACCAAAAACGGAGAUCUUGAAAACAAGCUUAACGAGUCACUCAUCGCAAAGAACGCUCUCCAGACCUUGCUCGCCACUGCCGAGGCUAACUACGAAAGCACCAAGACGGAGCGUGACAAUGCUCUCAGGGACCUCACCAGCACCAAGGCAGAGCUCGAAACGACCAAGACAGAGCUUGAGUCUAAGACUAGUGCUCUUAAGAGGAAAUCAGAUGAAUUCACCAAGAGCGAAAGGGAACUCAAGAAGGCGCUGAAGCAGGUGGAGGACAGAGAUGGGGAGGCCAAGACUCAGGAGUACCUCCUCGAUCAAGCGAAUGAUAACCUUGAUAAAGCGAAGGAGAAUUCGCGGGGAAGAGAAAAGGGAUGGACUAAGCUGGUAAACGAGUAUCAGGAGAUUUGCUUUGCCGAUGAGGUUGAUGAGGCACAGGUGAAGGAUCUGGGUAAACGCGUUGAGGCAUUCAAGAAGACCUACAGCUGA